UUUCCAUUGUCUCGCCUGUGAUUGGUCCAGCUGGUCCGUCCUUCCAAACUGAUCGGCGCAAGCAGAUGGAGUAGAAAAAUAGGCUGAACAACGAGAGGCUCGAACAAUUAAAACCCUGUUGGUUGCGGGACGGUAACCGAAGCCGACACAAACUGGAAGGGCUCAGCGCAGCGUGGGUGCCCAGGGAUCCACUGCCUGAGUGUGGGGAGAGCAGAGGCCAAGACCCCGGCGACAUGAACCACACCAAGGGCGGCCUGGUUAUCUUCACCGCCAACUCGCACCCCGCGAGUCGCGAAUUGGGCAAGAGGAUUGCAGAGCGAUUAGGGGUGGAGCUUGGCAAAGUGCAGGUUUACCAAGAACCCAACAGAGAAACGCGUGUACAGAUUCAAGAGUCCGUGCGAGGGAAGGAUGUCUUUGUGAUUCAGACGGUGUCCAAAGAUGUGAACACGACCAUCAUGGAGAUGCUGAUCAUGGUGUACGCAUGCAGGACGUCUUGUGCGAAAAGCAUCACCGGCGUCCUCCCGUACUUCCCUUACAGCAAGCAGUGCAAGAUGAGGAAGAGGGGAUCCAUCGUCUCCAAGCUUAUCGCUUCCAUGAUGUGUAAAGCAGGGCUCACACACCUCAUCACUAUGGAUCUCCAUCAGAAGGAGAUUCAAGGCUUUUUCAACAUCCCAGUGGACAACCUCAGAGCGUCGCCCUUCUUGCUACAGUAUAUCCAAGAAGAGAUCCCUGACUAUAGGAAUGCCGUGAUUGUGGCCAAAUCACCUUCAUCUGCCAAAAGGGCUCAGUCGUUUGCCGAACGCCUGCGUCUCGGUAUUGCGGUGAUCCACGGUGAAGCUCAGGAUGCUGAGUCCGACCAGGUCGACGGGCGACACUCCCCGCCUACUGUCAAAACCACUGGAGCCAUCCAUCCCAGCAUGGAGAUACCAUUGUUGAUUCCUAAGGAGAAACCUCCCAUCACGGUGGUAGGAGACGUAGGAGGACGCAUCGCCAUCAUCGUGGAUGACAUCAUCGACGACGUCGACAGUUUUGUGGCAGCCGCAGAGACGCUGAAAGAACGAGGCGCCUACAAGAUUUUUGUCAUGGCGACGCACGGCAUCCUCUCUUGCGACGCCCCCAAAUUCAUCGAGGAGUCCGCCAUCGACGAGGUGGUGGUGACCAACACCAUCCCCCACGAGCUGCAGAAGCUGCAGUGUCCCAAGAUCAAAACGGUGGACAUCAGCAUGAUCUUGUCGGAGGCCAUCCGCCGCAUACACAACGGCGAGUCCAUGUCUUAUCUUUUUCGCAACAUCGGAGUGGAUGAUUGAACAAUGUGCGACACACACACACUGUUACAUUUGCCUUGUCAGACCUCAAAGUGUGCACUGAACACACACACACACACACACACACACACACACACUGAUGUUAAAAAGUUGUUACCUACCGAGUAGAUCCACACUGAUUUAUGUGCUUGAUUCUAUCUGUCCUCUGGUUUCCUACUGCUUCUUUACUUCCUCUCCACGUGUUAGUACUUUUCUCCACACAAAGUUAUAUGUCAGCGGCACAUUUUAAUCUUUAAUAGCCCAAUUUCCAACAAACUUAGGAUGGAUCGUCGCUCUGACAUAUUUUUUAUUUUUUAACGAGAGCCAAUCCCAAGUGUUUGAGGAAGUUGGGUCAAAAAGGCAAAAGUUUUGUCCCUUCUUCUCACUGACGACUUUGCGUCGGCGACACACUCGUACAUCUUUGCAAAUUUGUGAGCUUCAUUCCAAAGUAAUUGCUCGCAAUGAAUGUCCUCAAGGGAAGAUUGUACCACAAGCGUGCCAGCGCCUUUGCCAGGACGCAACUUUUACACGCCUUCGCCAGCUGAUAAUAAAUCAGGAUUCAUUUUGAUUCUGACAAGGACUGCUGCUUUUUCUAAAUUUAGGUCCAUUUCUGUUGAAUUUGUGUCAAACACUGUCUCGACUGCUGAGGCGUACUACACACACAAGCUAGUGUUUUUGUGUGUUGUUGCCAUAGUUACAGCUUAUGUCUUAAGUUGAACUGGAAUUGAGAGGCGGGAGGGUUUAAGACUGCAUGCCAUUAUCUAUCUCCAAUGCCAUCAAGAUGGUCCAAGUUCUCAACAGUUGUCCACCUAAGGUCUUGUUCACACUGCAGGGCAAUUGCAUUUUUUUUUAACCGUAUGUCACCUGUAUCGAAUUAAUUCAUGUCCGUGUGACCGGUGCAAUUCCGAAUUUUUCAUAUCCUACCCAUAUCUUUCGUACGUGGAUUUAAAUGGGAUAUACAGUACAGGCCAAAAGAUUGGAGACUUCAAUUCCAAGGAAUUGAUACAUUUUUAGAUUCACAUGUCUUACACCAACACGCAAAAACUGCACCGAUACCAGCUUUUUUUGCGUAUCGUUAGCACCGAAGACUAUACAAUAUUUUCUCCUCGGAGCAGUCGGCCGUCCAAAAGAAAUUGACCAGUUAUUACCUACAGGACAGGCCAAAAGUUUGGACACACCUUCUCAUUCAGUGAUUUUCUUUUUUUUCAUGACUAUUCACAUUGUAGAUUGUCACUGAAGGCAUCAAAACUAUGAAUGAACACAUGUGGAGUUAUGUACUUAACAAAAAAAGGUGAAAUAACUGAAAACGUGUUUUAUGUUCUAGUUUCUUCAAAAUAGCCACUCUUCGCUCUGAUUACUCCUUUGCACACUCUUGGCAUUCUCUCCAUGAGUUCAAGAGUCAGUCACCUGAAAUGGUUUUCCAACAGUCUUGAAGGUGUUCCUAGAGGUCUCGAAUGCCAAGACUGUGCAAAGCAGUAUUCAGAACAAAGGGUGGCUAUUUUGAAGAAACUAGAUUAUAAAAACAUGUUUUCAGUUAUUUCACCUUCUAUUGUUAAGUACAUAACUCCACAUGUGUUCAUUCAUAGUUUUGAUGCCUUCAGUGACAAUUUACAAUGUAAAUAGUCAUGAAAAUAAAUAAAUACCAUAUUUUUUGGAGUAUAAGUCACUCCGGAGUAUAAAUCCCACCUGCCGAAAAUGCAUAAUAAAGAAGGAAAAAAACAGAUAAGUUGUACUGGAGUAUAAGUCGCAUUUUUGGGGGAAAUGUAUUUGAUAAAAUCCAACAGACAUUUGAAAGGCAAUUUAAAAUGAAUAAAGAAUAGUGAAACAACAGACUGAAUAAGUGAACGUUAUAUGAGGCAUAAAUAACCAACUGAGAAGGUACCUGGUAUGUUAACGUAACAUAUUAUGGUAAGAGUCAUUCAAAUAACUAUAACAUAUAGAACAUGCUAUACGUUUACCAAACAAUCUGUCACUCCUAAUUGCUAAAUCCCAUGAAAUCUUAUACGUCUAAUCUCUUAUGUGAAUGAGCUAAAUAAUAUUAUUUGAUUUUUUACGGUUAUGUGUUAAUUUCACACACAAGUUGCUCCUGAGUAUAAGUCGCACCCCUGGCCAAACUAUGAAAAAAACUGCAACUUAAAGUCCAAAAAAUACGGUAGCUCUCAUGAAAAGGUGUGUCCAAACUUUUGACCUGUACUGUGCAUACGAUGCAUCUACAAUGUCAACACUCCGACCCUCAGGUUGCAUUCAUCCGACCAGAACGUCAUCAAAAAGAGGGAAGCGUGAUAAUUAUUGGCAAAAUAGACGUUUACAAAAAAAAUAGUUGACAACAGAGCAGUAAACAGGUGAUAAUAAAAUAUUUUAGGGACUCACGUGAAAGUUCGGACUGCUCGCCCACAGACACCCUCUUCAAGCAGACAUCAAAGCAAAUGAUCCCGUAAAACUGCCAGAGCCAAAAGUACGUGUCCUCUUCCCUCUCAAAUCUUCUACGCGCAAUAAUUUGGUUCAGAGACUGUUGACUUUGAUUGCACAAAAUCCUUGAAAAUGCCACAAAUGCACUCGAGUUGAAGCCUUGUUUACUUUUGUAAACAUUGUAGUGCGUGUGACGUCAUGUCCGCACGCAGGUCAGAUUGCAUUCACAUUAGACAUCGCUUUUUUUUGUAACGGCUAUUAAAAAGAUCCGAUUUGACAAAAAGAAAAAUCUUAAUUGGACAUCCGACCCUGCAGUGAGAAAGUAGCCUUAGUGAAUAUUUGUAUUCUGAUAAUAGAUCAGCACACUGAGGUGCAUUUCUAACGGAUUUUAUGGAAGAAAUUCAAAGCUAGAAAGCGUGACACUUUAUUCUAGCCAAGCAAUUGAAGGACGCAGGUUUUUGUCUUUUUGACACAUGUCUCCAAAAUGUUUUGUAUUUAUUUUCAGCACUAACUAUAAAUAAACAUUGAAAUAAAAAGUUCCUUGUUUUGUU